AGCUGGAAUACUUCUAUAAAGAAGAACUUUCUCACAUCUAUAUGUGAGGUGCAUGUAUUCUAGGAAGGGCUAAACAUAAGAAAUGAAUUUUAAUGUUUGGAAUAUCAAAGAGAUGCUCAGUAUUCCCUCAGGUUCUGGGACCACUAAUUCCUCUAGCUGGAAUAAUAAUCAGACUGAUCACUCCAGUCUCAGUGAUUCCCAAUUCCUCUUUGGAUCCCAGUUCUGUCCAGAAAGUUCAGAGACUCUGUCAGCACCCUUGGACUUUGGUGUCUACUUGAGACAUCCUAAACAGUCACAACAGAAUUCUCUGGACAGUGAACCUAGUAUUUUCACAAAAUACCAAACAAAACCCCAGCUAUUUGGAGGAAAUACAAAUGAUAGAGGCUUAUUUCCUCUUCCUUUGUCAGUUGGACAAUCAAAGGGCCUCUUGGAACAGUUUGAGGAGAAAAAGAAAAGGGCAAAAGACAAAUGUGACAGUGAGACUGUAUACAACUUCAUUUCCCAUAUCAGAGAAAGCAUUCACCGGUUGCAGGCAUCUGUGGAAAAGUCUGAGGAACAUCUCAGUUCAAGAAGCCAAUCUAUUUUGGAUUGUUUGGAGACUAUGGCCAAGACAUUGCAAGAGACUGUGCAGGCCCAGAGUGAUCUGGUGUUGGGAACUGUGCAUGACAAAGGCAACAUGGAGCAGGUUGUCCUCGAGAUACAGAAGAGAUUUGAUGCUAGACAAGCAGAAUUUAUAGAAAUGAAGUCCGGCCUGAAGCACCUUGAAGUUUUAGUUGCCCAGCAGAGUAAGGACUUCCAGCAGCUGUGUGAGCAGCUAGGCCAGCUGAAUGUGGCCAGUGUCAUAGCAGAGCUGAAGAGACUGAUUUCAGUCCCUCAGGUACCUGGGCAGGUGAAAGACAGCACUUCCCAGACCUCACCACCUCUGGCUCAGAGCCUCAGCUUCACCAGGCAGGACAGAUAUGCCUCUGGGGAACCAGUUACGUGGCAAACUCAGGCCCUCCCUGCUGUCUGGAAUCUUAAUAUGAGCUCCCUGCAGCCUGGGGAGUUUGCUGUCUGUCCUGAGGGAGCAAAAAGUGCUGCUCUCCAGGGAGAGGCUGUGCUGAUGGCAGCUGGAACCGGCAAAAGAAACAGGCAAGUAAAGGACAAGGCAGUGCAGACCAACUGCAAGAAUUGGACUCUGAAUAAUACCAGCUCUGAGAACCAUGGCUCCAGCUCCCCAGGCCACAAAGUGCCUUGUGACAGGAACUGGGUUUCCCAAGGAGCCUCAAGGCUUAUACCCCUGGACUUUGAAUCCAGCAUUAAGAACACCUGCCAAAAAUGUCAAGCUGAAGGUGUGUUUUCGUGUGCCCCUUGCGAACAAAAGUUGGUGACUACACAGAAAGGCACAAUUAUGGAAAGAGGGAGGAAAGGCAAGCAGCAGCAGCCCAGGAAAGCCUGCAGAAGCAGGCUCCUAGCCAGGAAGCAAGAACAAACCCCUAUCAAAGCCUGUGCUUUCAAUUCUAAAUAUCCUCAGCUUCCAGUUUCUGGCCCACAGAGGCUCCCCCUGGAGCAGCAGGAACCCCUUACUCAGUCCCUGCAUCUGUGGGGUGCCAGGACUCCCACAAAACCAGUCAGCCCUGUUCUGAGAGCAACAGUCAUGCCCAGUAAGACAGUGAGGGAAGCGCAGGAGAAUAUUUUGCAGCACAGUGGGCAUUCUUCCCAAGAAAAUAGCCUGCUUUCUAAAAGUUCUCUGGGGGACCACCAGAUGAGCUGGUUCAGUGACCUCCGCCUUGGAAGUUCACAGUCUCCUCUGUGCAAGGAGCCAGGCAAGAGUAUGCUCUAUGAUCUGGGUUUUGACAGCAGUGAUGAUGGCUUUUGACCAGCCCAUAAACUGACUUCAGCUGAUAGUUAAUUGGUCUCAGCUGGAAAGACAAAUUCUAGAACACUGGGGCUGGCUAACAGCAGAAAGUCCCUGCAGCCUGAUUGGAGCCCUCAGGAGGUCAGUGCAGGACAGGUGUGGGGUGGGAGGGCAGCUCUGGCAUUCUGGGUAGCAGGUGCUUCCCAUGACAGGCAUAAGGGAUAAUUGCAUCCUUAUUUAUUGGAGUGAGGUAUGUGAAGAUGGUGAUGAGCUGGCGCAGCAGCCUCAGUGUAAGGCAUCAGGAGGAGGGUGCUGUUUUUGGUGAAAGCAGGGCUGGCCUCCGUAUGGAUACUGAGUGGCAGAAGGGCUCUCACAGAACUGUUACUGUGGCAGCAUGACUCCCAAACAUUUUUGGUCUUCACAGGAUUUCCUACACAUGACCAAUGCCUAUCCAGGCCUCAGGAUUUUUUAGUUACUAUUUUUAUCCAGUUUUACUGUCAGAGCACUUGCAGUUUUUGAUCAGUGGACGUAUUACAGGACACGCUGUCUUCUUGUGAACAGAGAAAUAGAGAAUGUUAAGCUGCCAAUGAAAAAGAGGUGACAUGCACCCAAUAAAUGCCCAGAGCGCCACUGUACACAAGCCACAUAAUCCCAUUUUCCUUCCCAGCUGUUUUUCCCUAUCCUGUUUUCAACCACCUUCAAGCUAAUGAGAGCAUCUAAGGACCCCGCAUUAUUUCCAGAGAGACAUGGGCU